AUGGCCAUCCUAGAGCUUCUCAUCACGCCUUGGGCACCGGCCCUGGUGGUCGUAGGCGUAGUUGUCUACUACCUUUACCCUUUCUUCGUCACAUUCGGCUCCCUUCGUGGAAUUCCGGCACCGUUCCCCGCACAAUUCACCAAUCUGUGGCUUCUCUCCGUUGUCCGGCGUGGCACGCGAUACCAAACCGUCGAUGAAAUCCACAAGAAGAUGGGGCCCGUGGUUCGCAUCCAGCCCAACCAUGUGAGCAUUGCCGACGAUGAGGCCAUUCAGGCCAUCUAUGGUCACGGCAACGGCUUUCUCAAGUCAGACUUUUACGACGCCUUUGUCUCCAUUCGGAGAGGACUCUUCAACACCAGAGACCGUCAUGAGCACUCACGCAAGCGCAAGAUUGUGUCGCACACCUUUUCCGUCAAGUCAAUUGGCCAAUUCGAGCCUUAUAUGCACGAGAACCUGGUCCUCUUCGUCCAAAAGUGGGAUGAGCUCGCCAAGAACAACCCAGCUGGCGCCACCAUUGACUGCUUGAAAUGGUUCAACUACCUGGCAUUUGACAUUAUUGGCGAUUUGGCCUUCGGUGCGCCGUUUGGCAUGCUUGCAUCCGGUGCUGAUAUCGCCGAGGUUCGCGAAUCCCCCAACAGCCCGCCCAUAUACGCACCCGCCAUUGAAAUUCUGAACCGGAGAGGCGAGGUUUCUGCCACUCUGGGAAUUCUCCCCGACCUGAAGCCCUGGGCAAAGUACAUUCCGGAUCCCUUCUUCAGCCAAGGCUUGGAGGCCGUGCAGAAUCUAGCGGGCAUGGCUAUCGCGCGUGUCAAGGCUAGACUGGACAACCCUCCCGAUAUCGACAGACUAGAUCUACUUGCGCGACUGAUGGAGGGACGUGACGACAAGGGAGAGCCUCUGGGCAGAGAGGAGCUUACUGCCGAGGCCUUGACGCAGCUGAUUGCCGGCAGCGACACGACUUCCAACUCUUCUUGCGCGCUUCUGUACCACGCUGCUAGAACCCCUGGCGUAUUGGAGAGGCUGCAAAAGGAACUCGACGAGGCCAUCGCCCCCACCGUCGAUGUCCCGACCUACGAGAUGAUCAAGGAUCUCCCCUACCUCGCCAUGGUCAUUGACGAGACGCUCCGCUUCCACUCCACCUCUGGCAUCGGUCUACCACGCCAAAUCCCCGAAAACUCACCCGGCGUCACCAUUCGCGGCCACUUCUUCCCUCCCGGCACCGUUCUCAGCGUUCCUUCGUACACCAUGCACCACUCCAAGGAGAUUUGGGGACCGGACGCUGACGAUUUCCGCCCCGAGAGAUGGGAAUCGCUUACGGCGAGGCAGAAAAAUGCUUUCAUCCCGUUCAGCACCGGACCCAGGGCAUGCGUCGGAAGGAACGUGGCCGAGAUGGAGAUGAAGCUCAUCGUCGCGACAUGGGCUAGGAGGUACAAAGUUGAGCUGAGACAAGAGAUUAUGGAGACCAACGAGGGAUUCCUGAGGAAGCCUCUGGCACUCGACAUCAACAUCAAGAGGCGGUGA